UGCUGCGGACCAAUCAGAUGAGGCGCUUGGGGUCUGAGGGGUGGGGCUCUGGUGAGAUUUGAAUCGGGCGGCGGUUGGGACGAGCGAGAGAACUCGUUCUGGCCGGCACGAGGAGAAUUAAAAACAAACAGAUGCAGUCGAAGACGUCCAGCUUUCCUCCACCUCCUGCAGACGUCCAGUCCUCCAGGAAGGUGGCUGGUCCACACCAUCGCCGCCAGGUGCAGGUGGUGGUCCGCCUCCGGCCGUACCAGGCCACCGAGGAUGACCAGCAGCAGGGCCCCUGUGUGCGUGGCCUGGACACCCGCUCGCUGGAGAUCGUGAACUGGAGGAGUCGUAUGGAGACCAUGCAGUACAAUUUUGAUGCAUUUUACAGUGAUGACGCAUCACAACAGGAGAUCUAUGUGCACUCGGUGAAACCGAUCCUGUCGCAUAUCCUGAAUGGACAGAAUGCCAGUGUCUUUGCCUACGGCCCUACAGGAGCAGGCAAGACCCACACGAUGCUGGGCAGUGCCAAGCAGCCUGGGGUGGUGCCUCGUUCCCUGCUGGACAUAUUUCGCAUGGUGCGGGAGCAGAGGGACCAGCUGGGUGGGCCCUCCUGGAGUUUUUCUGUCACAAUGUCCUACCUGGAGAUCUACCAGGAAAAGGUGUUGGAUCUGCUGGAGACCAAGCACCAGGAUUUGCCUAUCCGAGAGGACCAAGACAAGAACAUUUUCAUUCCCAAACUGACGGAGCAACCGAUCACCAGCUUCGUGGAGUUUGAGCAGUUCUUCCUGCCUGCCACACAAAGACGGACCACGGCCAGCACCAAACUGAAUUGUCGUUCCAGUCGCAGUCACUCUGUGCUACUGAUCAAGGUGGUGAAAUUGCAGCGAGAGGCUCCGUUCCGACAGCUGACAGGGAAACUCUACCUCAUCGACCUGGCAGGAUCCGAGGAUAAUCGCAAGACCGGGAAUGAAGGUGUCAGGCUAAAGGAGAGUGGAGCCAUUAACACCUCCCUGUUUGUGUUGAGCAAAGUGGUGGAUGCACUAAACCAGGGCUUGUGCAGGAUUCCCUACAGGGACAGCAAGCUAACCCGCCUGCUGCAGGAUUCCCUAGGAGGCACUGCCCACAGUGUAAUGAUAACCAACAUCGCUCCAGAAUACAAACACUACUUUAACACCCUCACUGCCCUCAACUUUGCUGCCAAAUCCAAGCUGGUGGUCAACCGUCCCUUCACACAGGAAACCAUCCAGCCGAUAGGCAUUUGCCAUCUGAAGCGUUCCAAUGAGGGAGUUUCCUCAAGUUCACAGCAUCCAGCCAAGAGAAUGAAAUCAGCAGAGUCGGAGAGUGCUGAAGACUCAGAGGAGCUGAUUCUGAGCCCUCUCCUGAAGGCGGGAGAGUACGACCCAGACGCCUUUGACUCGGAUAUGUUGGAACGAAUUUCCAAUCUGGAAAAGAUGCUGCAGAAACAUGGGAAGAAUGGCCUUCCUUUGCUGGGUACUCCCAAAGAGGAGCGUCUACAGCUCCUGAAAAAGCUGGAAGAAAGUAGACUUCAAAUAGAGAAACUGGAGCAGAGGCAGAAGCAGCUGGAAAGAGCAAUCAGUUUGCAGGAAACUGCCGCAGAACAGGCCAUGAACAAUAAUCGUUUGGGAGUCUUGCACAGAGCCUCGGUGGCAAAGCAGAGAAAACAGGCUGUUGUGACCCCGCUGCAGUGUCUGGAUAACGGCGAGCUGCUCAAAACAGGCAACGUGCUUGUAUUGAAGAGGAAAGAGAAACAGGAAAUGAAGGAUUGUGGCAGUGAUGUGGAGAAUGAGCUUGAGCUGACCGUGGAUCAGGAACUGACUCAAAAACACAAGGAUUACAUCCUGAACAUCCUCAACAACGGAUCCCUGAAACAGCUGAAGACCCUGCACAGAGUGGGGGACAAAACUGCCAAGCUCAUCGUGGGCUGGAGGGAACACAAUGGGCCUUACAGUCAGAUUGAGGAUCUGGAGAAGAUUGGGAUGUCAUCGAGAACAGUGUCCACUUUCAUGAAGGCCAAUGUGGUGAGCUGUAUGGUGAAGUGAAUGCCUGGUGUGGGCGAAGGAUCCCAACCUCCUCCAAUGCUGAUCUUAACAUCUUUUACCUUUGCUGCACAUUCCAGAGUCUGGUGUGAAAACAGAAGCCUUCAGUGUGUGUCUUCUACCUGUUCCCACACCAAGCACCAAGACUGUAAUUAUGACAAGGAACUUGUGACUGAGAAAGUGAUUAAUAACUGUCAAGUGCAUCCAGUCUGGAGAUUGCUUUGUGCAGGGAAUGAGCAGGAGUCAUGGGCCCUGCUGUUACUUUUCAGUUUAAACUUUCCUCCAGGCCCUUAGCAAUCCACGCUUUACAGCAAGUUUCUCUUUUUUUAUAUAAGGACAUAGAAAGUGGCUGUACAUGGAACUGUCUCUAUCUUAGCCCAUGUGUCACUGCUGUUGCAUUUUAACCACUUCUGUAUUUUAAAUAAAGGGCCAGUGAAAUUUGUCUCCACAA